CUAGGAGCUCGGCUGAGGUGACCGCGGAGAUGAGGGGGUCGCUGGCCGGUGAGACAAGACGCGGCGCGGCGCGAAGAAGCAGGAUCCGGGAGGGCGAGCGGCUCCAUUCCAGGGUUCAACAUGUCUUCUCCGGGCUGCGGACGUGCCCAGGGCAGAACCUGUUUGCUAAGUCAACCUGGAAGAAAUGAAAUGAAUUAUAGGGUUUCCUGGUGCAGCUGUAGCAUUCCACACAAGGCUCAGAACGAUCAGUGGGACAGGAACCAGAGUUAAGGGCCUCAUGAUGUGUCAAGAUGAACCUGGGAAAACUGCAGGCUGUUGACUGGACUUCCUUUCUGAAUCAGCUGGUAUUUCCUUUUGUCCCUAGUUUGAACAGCUCCCCAGGGGCCCCACCUGAAAUCCCCAGUCGUCUCAGAAGAGGAUGGGGGAAAUUCUGAAGUUCCCGUUAAACAUAGUUACCUCACAGGCUUUGGAAGAAGCCGAAAUGCCCGAGGCAUUGCCUGCACUGGUGAAUGUCUGACAUGUUCAGCGUGUGUCCGGUGGGCCUGACCACUUGCUGGGCAGAGUUCCAGGGCAGCGAGACAUCCUGGGAUUCGUCGGAUGCAGGAAAGACCUUGAACUGCCUGCUGGUAGUGACCUCAGGGCUCAAUGAGGCCUCUUCGCUGUGGUCUGCUCUGAGCAAUGGGCCCUCCAGUGCGAAACAGGAUGCCCUGGUUCUGCGGGCAAGACAACUGUGAGAGAGAAAGCCGUGCGCGUGGGGGCCGGUGGGAAAAGACCGCCACCUAGAAUGUCCCCACGAAACCAGUCAGUGGAAGGCCCUCUCCAGGAGGCCUCCAACAGGUCUCUGAAUGCUACAGAAACCCCAGACGCCUGGGACCCCGGGACCCUGCAGGCCCUUCAGAUUUCUCUUGCCGUGGUUCUUUCCAUCAUCACACUGGCCACAGUCCUUUCCAACGCCUUCGUGCUGACCACCAUCUUCCUCACCAGGAAGCUCCGCACCCCCGCCAACUAUCUCAUCGGCUCCCUGGCCGUGACUGACCUCCUAGUUUCCGUCUUGGUCAUGCCCAUCAGCAUCGCGUACACCACCACGCGCACCUGGAGCUUCGGCCAAGUCCUGUGUGACAUCUGGCUGUCUUCUGACAUCACGUGCUGCACGGCCUCCAUCCUGCAUCUCUGUGUCAUCGCUCUGGACAGGUACUGGGCCAUCACCGAUGCCCUGGAGUACAGUAAACGCCGGACCGCCGGCCACGCCGCGGCCAUGAUCGCCGUCGUCUGGGCCAUCUCCGUGUGCAUCUCCAUCCCGCCUCUCUUCUGGCGGCAGGCCAAAGCUCGCGACGAGAUGUCGGACUGCCUGGUGAACACGUCCCAGAUCUCCUACACCAUCUACUCCACCUGCGGGGCCUUCUACAUCCCGUCCGUGCUGCUCAUCAUCCUCUACGGCCGGAUCUACGUGGCCGCUCGGAAGCGCAUCCUGAACCCGCCGUCCCUCUACGGGAAGCGCUUCACCACCGCGCAGCUCAUCACGGGCUCCGCGCGCUCCUCGCUCUGCUCGCUCGGCCCGGGCCUGCACCACGGCGCGCACGCCCACUUGGCCGGCUCCGCUCUCUUCUUCAACCACGUGAAGGUCCAGCUGGCGGACAGCGCCCUGGAGCGCAAGAGGCUGUCGGCCGCCCGGGAACGCAAAGCCACGCAGACCCUGGGGGUCAUCCUGGGGGCCUUUAUCGUCUGCUGGCUGCCCUUCUUCGUCGCAUCCCUGGUCCUCCCCAUCUGCCGGGACUCGUGCUGGAUGCACCCGGCGCUUUUCGACUUCUUCACCUGGCUCGGCUACCUGAACUCCCUCAUCAAUCCGAUCAUCUACACUGUGUUUAACGAGGAGUUCCGGCGGGCAUUUCAGAAAGUCGUCCGUCUCCGGGAAGCCUCCUAGUCUCGCGUGGUGGUGGCGGCUCGCGUUACCGUCUGCGUCCCGUAGCCCCACUGGAAUUGUCUUUUUCUAUUUUUCCUGAGAUUUAGGCUCAUCCCGGCCUUCGGGGUCUGGGUUCCAUCAAUGGAAUUGUUCAGUGUUCUUCUUUUCUUCCGUCUUCUUGAUGUCUGAGCCACCCAGAGCCGGGAAGCUGUGGGAAAGGGGACAGAGACCGGCAGUUUCACUAGCGUAUCUUCAGGAUUCACGCAUCUCGGGAGAAACAGGACCCACAGGGUUACCCAUCGGUGCAAUUCAGGUGGAAGACUCGGACUGCGGGGAGACCCAGGCUCAAAAGGGGGGCUUUCCGGUUCCCCUAAGUUUUGUAUGGAACUCAAAGGUGGGUAGAUGAGCUUAAUGACCUGAAUGGAAAGAGAAUUUGGAGGUAGGAUGGAGGAGUCUCCAUUCCGUGUGGCACCUUAAUUGGAAAAUAACACCCAGGGAUUUCUUCCUCUGAUGCCUGAUGAGACUGAAUCUCCCCGUCGUCCGUCUGAGGCGGCAACAGUACAGAGUGACGGAGGUCAGGAGCUGGGCGCGGGGGAGGGGGGCGGCUGGAACCCCAGCAGCCACCCUGCGCCCCUCCCCCUCCAGCAUCUCUGCGCCCGCCUGAUGCUCUGAAGCUAAAACGCACCAUCACUCCCCGCUGAGGGAGAAUGACCGCUGGGCACCCACCAGGCUUCGAGGGGACCCCAUUCUGAUUUUCCCCCUGAAUUUUUACAUCCCGUUCUCAUGAGAGAUCUUAAGAUGUCGAGUCUUGUCAAAUAAAAAGCA